UGACUCUGACAGGCAGCAGCGAGAGCAGCAGCAGCAGCAGCGGCGGUGAAACAGCGGAGAGCUGCGUUUACCCGACCAAACAACCUCCGCUAAAACAGCCUGAACCGCGGGACACGCGCUGUUUCUCAGCCCUGAAACAAAACAAGCCCCAAACAUGUCCGUGGCUAAUGACUUUGGGAACCCUUUAAGGAAAUUCAAGCUCGUCUUUCUUGGAGAGCAAAGCGUUGGGAAGACGUCUCUGAUCACGCGGUUCAUGUAUGACAGCUUUGACAACACAUAUCAGGCGACGAUUGGAAUAGACUUCCUGUCAAAAACCAUGUAUCUGGAGGACAGAACAGUGCGGUUGCAGUUGUGGGACACAGCAGGACAGGAGCGCUUCAGGAGCCUCAUCCCAAGCUACAUACGAGACUCCACUGUUGCCGUGGUGGUGUAUGAUAUCACAAAUGUGAAUUCAUUCCAGCAAACCUCUAAAUGGAUUGAUGACGUCAGAACGGAGCGAGGGAGUGAUGUCAUCAUUAUGCUUGUGGGCAAUAAAACAGAUCUGGCUGAUAAGAGGCAGAUCACGAUUGAGGAGGGAGAGCAGAGGGCUAAGGAGCUGAGCGUGAUGUUUAUCGAGACAAGUGCCAAAACCGGCUACAAUGUCAAGCAGCUGUUUCGACGUGUGGCCGCUGCCCUACCUGGGAUGGAGAGCAUGCAGGAGACGAGCAAAGAAGGCAUGAUUGACAUCAAGCUGGACAAACCGCAGGAGCCCCCCACCACUGAAGGGGGCUGUUCCUGUUAAUAGCCCACAGCCAACCAGGCAACUUCAUUUACACCACAUGCUUGUUGUGUUGCUUCCUAUUGGUUAGCUUCCAAUUGAGUUUUCAAGAUUGGAUAUUCGGCACUCACAUUUGACCAUGGGUCACUGGUUGGAAACAGUGUUACGUCCAUUUCAGUUGUAAAAUAGUGUACUUUAUUAACAAAAUUGCCAAAAAAAAGGUUUUAAAAAUUUGAAAAGAGACAGAAAAGAAUCAACAAAGCCAACAAAGUCCAAACAUGUAUACUUUUUUUGAAAAAAAAAAAACUAGAAGGGUAGUCUUUUGUUUCUUUUGUUUUGUAUUUUUGUAUAUUCAAGGAAAGGUCAAAAAGGAGGUAGACGAGGCGUUUAAAAAGGUUUGCUAGAACGAGAAACACUGUAACAGACAGGGAACCUGAACAAUAAUUACUGGAUGAAUAGACAAAGCAAGCAUGCAUGCAAGACUUUUAUUUUGUUGUUGUUUUAAUCAUUUCAUUCCACUAGAUCCUGUCAGAUGGUGAAUGUGUACACAACUUUGAAGAUGUCCAUAUAAAUGCUUAUGUACACAUGUGACUUACAUGUACACACGUCACUUUUUUAAGUUUUGUGCGUGUUUCAGUGUUCUUGAGUGAUCUAGAUCCACCAUAGAGGCCCUAGGCUCAAACAUGUCAUUUUAGAGACUGUCCUGGUUUGUACAGUACUUUGCGAGUUUCUCUCACACGCUGUAUGAAAUCUUUCUGAUUUAUUAAUAUCUGGGAUUUGGAAUGAGAAUCCAAACACUGCUGUUACAACGAAGGCACGUUUUAAGUGUGAUUUCUCUCACAUUUGUAAGAGCUGUAAUUGUUGUAGUGUGUGACAAUUUGUCAGAGGCUUGAGGAGCUGAUUUCUCUAAAUUGUCAUAGGAUGAUCAUUGAACUCUGACAUUCCUGUUCUUAAGUACACAGGUUUGCACAUGUAGGCCUUUCCAUGAUAAUAUGGUGUAGUCCAGUUCCAUUGUAAAUAUAGCCUGUCAUUUGCUUUCAGAUCAGUGAAUAUGUAGUAAUUCUCCAAAAACAACAAAAAAAGAAACAAUAUUAGGUGACUAUGGAAAGCUAGCAUCAUCUAGAGUUGUAGGUGUUUUAUAGGCUUGCCUUGUUCAGGGGCACACUGUGGUUAGCCCCUGCUUUUUUUGGGCCAGUAAACUGUAGUACGCUGGCCAUAAGGUCAGACACUUGAGCGGUAGCAUACACUACUUUUAUUUCAUGUGAAUCUUUAAUGCACUUUUUAAAAGAAAGAUGUAAAUGUUUCGAGGUUGAUGUCAAAUCUAAUAUCCAGUCCUACGACUCGCUGUACUGUAGUGGUCUCUGUGAGGAUGUCUAUACAAAUGACCCAUCUGUCAAGCUGCGUGAAUACAAGUUAGGACUAAAUAAUCAGAGCACUCACUUUCACCCUUUGUUUUUUCGAAAUGAGCCAAAAACUGGUGUGAGCUGAGAGCUAAUGCUUUGACUGCAUAUAACAAAACAGGCCGAGUGUUCAGCUUACCUGUGAAGUAAAUUGCUGUGAUUUGGGAGUUCUAUUAAAAAUGAUCAGCCUGUAACAUGGCGCUGUAAAUUCGUAGCAGCAUUUUCUGUAAAUGGGAUAGGGUUUUCCGCUCUGUAAUUUAUCAGUGGCUCAUUCUGCACUGUAUGACCAGCUCACUUCUGCCCCGCUGUGUAAUAUAGCCGCUUUUAGUCAAGAUAACUGCUUUCGAACUGGACUGUCUCUGCUCUGUAUCUCUAAAUGCUUUUACUGACCUGCCUGGCUGCCUCGUAGGACUCCCCCGCUACCAAAUGGAAGGGAAUAUGUACUGAACAUGCAGAUAUGGAAGAAGCUUAAUGGCAAAACACUCUUCACACAAAGGCAACUGUGAAAUAUUACAUCCACACCGAUCUGCUGAUGGCACCACCUACAGAAGAGCACAGAUGAAGUCUGUUCUGUGUUGUUACUAUUAAUAAAUCUCAGUUUUGCCCUGUUAUAUUUCUGGUGCCUUCAGAUAUUGUUGAAAGGCAUAGAAGCUGACAGUUUAGCGGUAUGCUCAUAGUUAGAGAGUAUAGCUGGGAUGUGAGAGUAUUUACUGGUUGAUUGUUUAACCUUUUGCUUUUGCACCUUUAUAUUUUGUUUACAAUUUGUUUACAUACUGUUCCGCUUUUCCCUUAUUUUUGUUUCUACCACCAGUUGAAAUCUAUCUAUGUAGAGAGUUUCUGCUCUAUGAUUUGGCAUGAACAGGAUGUAUAUAGUCUAUCCCCUUAUGAGGUGUGUACCAAAACAGCAGUGAAUAUGUGAUUUGUUCAUUCUUCUGUUGGCACAGUACUACACACCAUCCUUGGCGAAAUGUCUGUGUGUAAGUUGGGUCCUGCUUUAAAGGGUAAGGCCAUUCCUAGUGUAAAUGUUUUGACUCAGAGGAGCGAGUCUGAUUGAUUCAGGGCUAGCUCUCCAUUCACAUUGUACAGAGAUCUAGCAUGUCUGUCCAAAUCAAUAAAAAUCAAUAAAAAAGUCUUAUUACCUA